AUGAUGAGCGUCGAGCUCGCACAGGUCACAAAGGCCACAAAGGCUCCCAUCUACAAGGGUGGUGACAAGAUCGACCCCUUAAAGUACUUGACCCAUGAUUGUUUGGUUCACGUCCUUUCGUUUUGCAUCGGCUCUGGUAACGUUGUGAACGAUGGCAACGACGGCAACGACUGCAACGACUCUGGGGUCGAGCCGCCAAAGAUCGAAGGAGUUCUCCUUUCAGACUUGUUGACUCUCGUCGACAUGUUGUCCUUGCUUUCUCAAGAGUGGAAACGCGCAGUGAUUGGAGCCAUCCCGUCUCUUCAAAUCUUCCUCAAUGCUGAUUUCAACGCCGUUCCACCGAACAAGCUCGACAAUGCAAUUGAGUUGGCUCGUCUUCGUCCUGUCAAGUCCAUCGGUUGGUUGGGAAAUGAAGAAGGGCCACAAAUGCUUCGAAUGCGCGCUUGUGACAAGAGCCAGUUGGAGCAUGCACAUGUAGGAAUUUGUCUACCACUGCAACCCAACGUCACCACGAUUGCUGAUUUGGAAACCUUGACGUUCUUGCAACUUGCGAUCGGCCUCGAAUGCCCCAAAAUCAAGAGCAUCAACGUUUCCAUCCGUCUUCACGAAACAGUGGACGAUGUUCCGUAUCGGCUGUUCCGCCGUGCCCUUUUUUGGAAUUCGGCCAUCACCGACGUAACGAUGACUGUUGACGUCCUUAAGCACGGCUCGACGAUCAACGACUUGUUCUUCAUUUCCGCCGCGGUUGAGGAUUUGCAAUCCCUCCGGAGACUACGAUUGAAAUGUUCGGCUGCCAGUAUUUCCCCGCAUCCCAGCCACAACUUUCACAUAUCCUCUCGGUCUCUAGAAACACUUGUGGUGAACGAAUUGUGCGAACGUGCACAAAUAGUUUUGGACGCUCCCAAGCUAACUCUCUUUGUGUGCGGUGGCGAAUGCGUGAACAAUGCCACCAGAGAACUUCGAGUGAAACAAACAGUGUUUAUACUGGAUGACCACGCGGUAGCAGAGAACUGCACAGUCUCUUGUCGCCCCUUCGGCCAACUUCACGAGCUUCGUAUCCCGUUCCGGACGAUGUUUCGUGGUGCUCGGGGUCGAGCUUUGCGAGAAGGUCGAACGCUACGAUAA